AUGAUCAAUGAAGGCGAAAUAAUAUCCAAAGUAUUUUUAGCAAUUGAUAAAGCAAAAGGAAAUAUAACAUCAUUUAAGAAAUCUAUAUCAGAUGGUGAAUAUACCAAAAUAAAACAACCUUCAACAUUUUCAAGAUUAUUAAUAUGGAAAUCAAUAUUAAUAUUAGACACUCUAAAGAUAUCAACAUGGGAAUCAAAAUUAAAUGAUUCAAGAAUUGUAUUUCAUCAAUUAAUAAUGAGAGAUGAUAUGAGAAUUCCAUGGUUUGAAUUAGAUGAAGAUUGUCAAUAUUAUCAAACACAAGAUAUAAAAAGGAAAUCAAGUAUAAAUAGAAAACUGUCAUUAAGAGGAACCAAGAGUUUGAAAAAAGCUUCAUUUAGAGAACAAGUUUCUGAAGAUCCAUUAAAUUUUAAGAAGUUGACUAAAGAAAUGGAAAAACAUAGCUUGGUUAAUGAAAAUUUAGAACUUUUACAAAUUAUAAUUUUAGAUAUAGAUAGAUUAUUUCCUGGGGAUUUAUUUUUCAGUGAAUCUAAUAAUUCAAAUUUAUUAUAUAUCAAGAAACAAUUGAUUGAAAUAUUGUAUGUUUGGUGCAAAUGUAAUAUAACAAUUGGUUAUAAACAAGGAUUUCAUGAAAUCUUGGGGUUAAUUUAUAAAAAUUUAUAUAUGGAAUCAAUUAAUUUUGAUUUAAAUGAUCCUAAAAAUAUAAAAUAUUCAAAUGAAGAGUUAGCAAUUUUGAGUUUAUAUAAUAAAAAUUUCUUAUGUCAUGAUUUAUUUAUAAUUUUUAACAAAUUUAUGUUAUCAAGUGGUAUACUAUCUAAUUUUUAUGAAACAGAAAUAAAAUUAACUAAACUGAUUGAAUUAUUUAAUAUUAAUUUAAUGAAAAUUGAUCAAUUUAUUUAUUAUACAUUAACAACAAAAUUAAAAUUAGAUACUCAAUUAUGGAUUAUAAGAUAUUUAAGAUUAUUAUUAUCAAGAGAAUUAGGUAAUGAUAUGGAAAUUACGAAUUUAUUAUGGGAUAAAUUAAUAUCAUCACAAGGAUCAGAAUCAAAAGAAUCAUCAAGUAGAAUACCACAAUUAUUAAUGUUUAUAACAAUUAUUUUAUUAAUACAACAAAAAAUGGAUUUAGUAACAAGUGAUUUUAGUGAGUGUUUAUCAUUAUUAUUACACUACCCAAUAAUUCAAUUUAAAUCACCAUCAAAAAGAGAUUCUUAUAUUAAAAAUUUAUUUAAAGAUGCUGAAAAGCUUUAUGAAAAAAGAAAUGAUGAUUUAAAAUUAUAUGAAUUAGGUAAUAAAUUAAAUUUAAAAUAUAAUCCAAGUUUAAAAAUUUCAAUGAAUUAUCAUAAAAAUAAUAAUGAUUUAAGUGAUACAAAUAGUAAUAAUAGUGCUCGAUCAAGUAUUGAUUCAGCAAGUUCUGUUAAAAAACAACAACAACAACCACCACAAAAUCAACCUAAAAAUGACCGUCAUGAACAAAUGAAGUUUGAAAAAACAAGAUUAGAAAUGAAAUUAAAGAAAAAAGCUCAAAGUUUAAUGCAAAAUGGUAAAUCUAUAGAAAAUAUAAAUAGUAAUGAUAAAAGUUAA